AUGCCCCAAGUUUAUGAAGAUGGUUCUACUAGUGUGGAAGGAGGGAUAGAUAUUAGUUACCAUCCUCCUAAUUAUACAGGCAAGAACCCAAGAGAAAUAGGAAAGAAAAAUAUUUUUGAAGAAGGAAAAGGUAUCAGAUUACUUUCUACUAAUUACGUUAUACAUAAAGUAAACUCUACUAUCCAAAAACUCGAAGGAGGAUUUGAGAUAGAAGGUGGUCUUUAUCGAAGGAAUGUUGGGGUAAAACUAGAAAAAAUAAUAUUGAGAAAAUACCGAGAGGGUGAUGAUGAUUUUGAGAAGCGUAAACAAGAAUUGGAAAAGAGUGAACCUAUCCAAAUAUCCUUAUUUGGAACCCAAGAAGCAAUGAAGUUAGUUCAGGAAAAAGACUUAUUAGGAAAAAAAGAGCAAUACCAAGCACUUACUGACCAAAUAAAAAAGCAAAUGGAAGCCGAGCAAAAAAUAACCGUUGAUUUUGAGAACUCUGAUUUGUUGGGUGAAGAAGUUAAGCAAUUAUACCACAACGACCAAAGCACGGAAGAAAGAUGUGACCAAUGUAAUCAAAUAAUUACUGGCAAAAGUUAUUACGCUGACGCUAAAAAUAAAACGGGAACUUCAUGUGAACGUUGUAUAGAUAAGAAAGUUCGCGACGCACAAAAGGGAAAAAAACAGAAAGAUUUUGACGAUUUUAUGUCAGAUUAUCAAAAAAAUCCAUCCGAUAAUUCUAAAAAUACCGAAAAUGACUCGGCACCAGAAAAAAGGAUCCCCAAAGUUCCUAAAAAGCCCCACGACAGCGAAAAAAAUCCAGAAAGUGAGCAGGAGGAAGAAACGGAUAAAGAAUUAGAAGAUUAUGAGCAACAAAAAGAGGAUGACUUUCUUAUUUUUAAAGGAACCCUAGAACCCAAUGGUGAAAAUGACCAAGAAAGAUUUUAUCGCUGUAAAUUAAAAUUGCAAAAGAAAAAGGAGGAGGAGAAAGUUGAGAGUAGCAGUAGUGGAAUAGGAAUAGCAAUUUUUUUAAUAAUAGUGUUUGUAAUAAUUGGACUUAUUGCUGCAUCAGGAGGCUUUAAAUAA